CAGCGGAAGUGAGUCCCGCCUCCCGUACCGCGCGUGCUCUUAUCCCAUAAUUCCUGUACUGGGGUAUACUGUGGACUUUGUUUUCCGUAAAGGAAAGCAUCUGUUCUGCUGUGCUUUGAAGAGAACAUGAGUGUUCAGAAGGACAGAGUGAUGGCCGUCAGCGAGUGGGACGAACGCUGGCAGACCGGAAGAAUCGGAUUCCAUCAGCUUCAUGUUCACAAGAUGCUGCAAGAAUGCAUUGACAGGGUUCUUUGUGGCCGAACAGGGGUCCGGUUUUUCUUUCCUCUCUGUGGAAAGGCCGUCGACAUGAAAUGGCUUGCAGAUAUGGGCCAUUCUGUGGUGGGGGUGGAAAUUUCUGAGAUGGGUAUCAAGCAAUUCUUUGAGGACCACAAUAUGACCUACACUGAGGAGACAGUGCCUGCUAUCCCAGAAGGCAAGCUCUUCAAGAGUCCUGAUGGAAAGAUCUCUCUAUAUCAGUGCAGUAUUUAUGACUUUUCCAGUUCUGUUGCAGGACAGUUUGGAGGGAUCUGGGACAGGGGUUCCUUGGUGGCCAUAAACCCUUGUGACAGAGAAAGGUAUGCCAGCAUUUUACUUUCCCUAAUGGACAAGGACUGCAGGUAUCUCCUGGACACGUUACUGUACAACCCUGAGCUGUUUGGGGGUCCACCCUUUGCUGUGUCAGAUGAAGAUAUAAGGACUUUAUUCGGAAGUGCCUGUGAGGUGCAGUUACUCGCGUCUCAAGAUGCGUUUGAAGAAAAGCACAAGGCAUGGGGGCUGGACUAUUUGACGGAGAGAGCGCAUCUCCUGACCCUAAAGAGCAACUAAGCUCCUCUGCUUAACCUCCUCCUAAUGGGUCUGGUUGUAAUCAUAGCUACUCGGACAAAAUUGUGAACAUUCCUACUAAAAUUGAAUCUUAUUUAGGAUACGACUGGCAUUAAAACCAUUAAAACUUUA